UUUAUUUGCAUGGAGAGAACCGACUGGAUAUGAAUGACAUUUGCAGAAGAAAAAAAAAGUAAAACAGCUGACAAUUAUAAUUCUGACUUGAAAGGUUAUGGAAUGUAGUCAGUUAUUUCAAUACUGCGAACAACAAGUAGUAAUCAAGUGAGCACAGUGAAAUGUUAUCGUAAUAUUAACAAAGAUGCGAAAAAUAUCACUCAGUAACGGAAAUGAUGGGCAGAGAUCGGGAAGGCAAAAGGUUUAUCAGCGUAGUGGUCAGAGAGAAGGAUCCCCGAAUUAUGUGCUCUUGUAUUCAGAUGGAGAAAAUAGUGGAGACGAAGAGACAAUUGCUCUUCGUACAGUAUCGAAACAAAAAUCACCUCCCCGCAAAGUGGAGGUGAUGAAAAUUCAGUUACAACCUGAGGAUACUUUGCAGGCACUUUCACUCAGAUACGGAUGUACCAUAUCUGAAUUGAAGAGGAUCAAUAAAAUACAUAAAGAAAACGAAAUAUUUGCACAUCGAACAAUUAAGGUUCCUGUUGUCGCGUUCUCCCUCUUGACAGAAACUUUGAAUCAAACUGAAAAUACAGACAAUAACGACGGCGAAAUUGGCGAUCUUAUUACUAUCGAGGACACACCGGCUAAUAGCUCUAGAGAGGAACAGAUUAUCAAUCUAAUAGCUCUUCCAACUCCUGUACCUCCUUUAAAAUCGAAUUUUGAUUAUACCACAUUAAAUACAAUCUGCGAAACUCCUGCAAAUCAAUGUGAAAAUACACUAGAUGUCUUAGAGGAUGGAGAAAACGAUCAAUUACUUGCUUCCGAAGAAAGCAGCCCAGAGCAACAUAGUGUAUACAAGUUAUCGUGUUCUGGGGCUGAUUGGGGUCUGUCGUGGCCGCAGCUCGUUGGUUGUUCGCUACUCCUGGGACUUGCGGGACCUCUUAUUAUUUAUUUUUUAUUUCUUGCCGAAACUUCUUCUAAACAUCACUCGAGUGCGGGAUACUAUAAGCAUUUCUUUUCAUGAAAGUAAGAAAAGGACCAACUUUUCUCUUACAAAAGUUCGAUUACGUGUGUGUUGACAAAUAUAACUGUACAUAUCACCUAUACGAAUUUUGAGGCAACAUAUCUUUUUGACCUAAAGUGGUCCAUAAUACAUACAGGUUGUAGCAUAUUGAUUGCAUAACUCGUUUAGUUUCUCCAUGAAUACUAACGCUAGUAACGCAUGUUCCUCUAAUGAAUUCGGAAAGUAAAUGACAGCAAUAUAUUAGGCAUCUGAAAUCUUUUUAUGUCUAAUAUUUUACUUGAUAAACGGUUAUAUGCUAUAUGCAUGUAUUUUUUAAAUUUGUAACUGAGUCCAUAGUUUUGUUUUUGAAGUUGCCAAACGCUAUUAGUAAAUUUAUACAUAAAUAUAUAUUUUUGUUCGUGUACAGAGCGAUUGUAUAGUUUAAGAAAUAUUGUGUCUUUUGGUCACAAUUUGAAUUCCUCUCAGUUAGAAUUGCAAAUAAUUGUCAAUUACUAUCUUUGACUUUUAUGUGUAUAUUCUUAAGCCAACAAACCUUAAUCUCGGAACAAUAUGUGUACGUAUUUUGUCACGUAAGAUAUAUUUUUUGACUUGUAAAUUUUUUACUUGGAAACGAGGAGAUUUGAAUGGUUUGUUGGAGGAAUGGUGCAGUUGUGUACCAGAUAGAAAAAAUAGUAUGAUUGUGAUAUGUUCAUAAGCAAUACUCUAGUUAAUUGACUUACAGCUGAGUUAUUUAUAAUAUGAUCGAAUUUUUAGUUAAUAUUUUACAUUUGUUAUUAGCUAGUGAUAAAAUGCGAAAAAAUAUAUUUCUAAACACAGUAAAUUUGUUUUUUCUUUGAAGUGUUUUACAAUUAGCUAAAUUGCUGUAAAGACAGUUACUCGUUGAAAAGUUGUAUGUUCUUUCUUUUACUGCAACAUUUCAUGUAAAGAUUCGGCAUUCGAUAAUCUUAACGGGUCAGCUAUUUAUUUCUAAAUACUUUGAUCUAACCGGAGUUGGUGGUAAUCAAAUCAACAUAGAUCGUACAAUUUUUCCUGCAAAAUAUGACCAGUUUAUUUCAUCCGUUUACAGGUUUUAAAUUUUUAUUGUUGACACAUCGGGAUGCGAGCAGUUAGUGCGUAUUUCCAAUCUGAAAACAGAGAUAUAACAUAGAAAUUUACAAUGGAAGUAUAGAAUCAAGUAAUGCGGAUUCACACCAUUUUCUAAGCACUAUUUUGACUGAGAAAUAUUAUAUAGACGAUAAAUCUAUUAAUUAUUUACCAAAAAUACUUUCGUAAUUAGUACACAUUACAAAAGAAUUUGUACCUCAUAAAGGAAAUUCAUCGCUGACUGCCAGGAUCCUGUGAAAAAAUAAACAAACGAUUAUACUCUAUCUCUUUCAAGAAAAAUAAUUUAUAUAUUGUUUAAGUAAUUUGCAAAUCAGUAGACGAUAUGAUGUCGUUCAAUUUGUAUUCAGAAGACCGUCGUCAAACUCAUCAUAAGAGGAAUAACACGCAGAUGAAAGAAUUGCAUUUGAGCAUUAAUUGAUAUUUAUAAGGAUGAAUAAUUUGAAUAUUUGUACAUACCGGAUAUUUCAAGGAUUAUUCAGAAUUUAGAACUUUUUGAAACUCUUCUUGGAUCCAGUUCCCUUUGAGACCUUGAGAACGUUGAAUCUAACAGUUUUGCUCAGUGGUCGACAUUCGCCAAUGGUCACAACAUCACCUAUUUCCACGUCUCUGAAAAUGAAACCAUUGUUACAUUACCUAAUCAGUCCAAAACAAACUUUUGAAUACCGAAGUUUUCAAUAAUUUAAUUUUCACUGCAUCAGUAGACGAUAAAAUAGACUUCAAUUUGUAUUCAGAAGACCGUCGUCAAUAUCAUCAUUGAUUAAAGAUUAAAAUCAAACAGCCAUAAAAAAAGACGUGAGAUAAUUUUAUAAUGCUGUACACUUCAAUAUAAUAUAAUUUAAUUAAUUAAUCACCUGAAGCAAGGGCUCAAGUGGACACUCAUAUUCCGGUGACGUUUUUCAAAUCGAUUAUAUUUCCGGAUAUAGUGAAGAUAAUCCCUACGAAUAACAAUCGUGCGUUGCAUCUUCAUCUUCUGUAC